CAACGAACCUAUUCAAAAUUUAAUUGAAAAAUCUAAAAAUUUAGAUUUUGAUAUGAUAAUUAGAGUUGGUGAAGAACCAAAUGUUAAAGAAUUUAAAGUUCAUUCUAUUAUCUUAUCGGCAAGUUCAUCUUACUUUGAAGCUGCAUUGUCAUCGCGAUGGGCAAGGAGAGAAAACGGAAUCAUCAUUUUCAAUAAGCCUAAUAUUUCUCCACUUGUGUUUGAAACUAUUAUAAACUAUAUCUAUACCGAAAAAAUUUCCGAUAAAAAUGAAGUUAGCCUUCUUGACGUUUUUAUUGCAGCUGAUGAAAUGGAAUUAAUGAAAAUCUGCCAACAAGUUAAAAAACGCUUGAUAGAAACUAAAUCAGCUUGGAAAUUUCCAAAAGACUUUAUUACAAUAUGUAAACAUGAUACUUUCGCCGAUUUACAUAGAAAUCCUACCAAAUGA